CAGCAUUUUAAAUCUGUAGCGGAGACUGUUGUCAAAGACAGGACGGAGUAGCGCUGCAGCCACCAGAGACCAGUCUGGAGACUAGUUUCACGGCUAGCUCAGGUUUUUGAAGUUAUUGAAACUCGCAUGUACUACUUUUUUUUUUAGCGUUGAAUUAAAGUUUUGAGGCAACGUUCGCGUCCAAAGGUGGUUAAGGUUAGUUUUGAUUUAAAUUCACAAGUGUAUGGGAGCCAGCUAGCUUCCAGGGCUAGAGUAACGUCGGUUAACACUACUUUAACCCUUACAGAAAGUAUCGAUCCGUCGACAGCUGAAAGGAGUCAAACGUUUAUUUUAAAGACGCCGAAGUGCACUUUAAUCCAAAAUGAGUGCAGGUAUCCCGAAGCCGACGAAUCCGUCGGCACAUGUCGACCCGAAAUCGGCUCCUCUGAAAGAAAUCCCAGAUGUUCUGGUGGACCCACGCACCAUGAAAAAGUACGCGAGGGGAAGAUUCCUCGGAAAGGGUGGUUUCGCCAAAUGCUACGAAAUCACAGAUAUGGAGACGAACCAGGUUUUCGCCGGAAAAAUCGUCCCCAAGUCCCUGAUCCUAAAGCAGCACCAGAGGGAGAAGAUGAGCUCUGAAAUCUCCAUUCACAAGAGUCUCGACCACGCCAACGUCGUGGGUUUCCACGGCUUUUUCGAAGACGACGACUUUGUCUUUGUUGUCCUGGAAAUCUGCAGAAGAAGGUCAUUGUUGGAGCUGCACAAGCGCCGUAAGGCUGUGACUGAGCCCGAGGCUCGCUACUACAUGACCCAGCUGCUCAAGGGUGUCCAGUACCUGCACAACAGGAGAGUCAUCCACAGAGACUUAAAGCUGGGCAACAUCUUCCUCAACGAUGACAUGGAUGUCAAGAUAGGGGACUUUGGUUUGGCCACUAAGAUUGAGUUUGAUGGCGAGAGGAAGAAGACCUUGUGUGGAACACCCAACUACAUUGCACCUGAAGUGCUUUGUAAGAAAGGCCACAGCUAUGAAGUGGACGUCUGGUCACUUGGAUGCAUAUUGUACACGCUGUUGGUGGGUAAGCCCCCAUUCGAAACCUCCUGUCUUAAGGACACCUACAACCGUAUCAAGAAGAACAACUAUACUAUCCCAUGGCACGUCAACCCGUUGGCGAGCUCUCUCAUCAAGCGGAUGCUGCAUGCUGACCCUGCCCAAAGACCCACCGUCACCGAGGUGCAGGCGGACGAGUACUUCACAAGCGGCUACUGCCCCGUACGUCUGCCCACUACGUGCCUCACUGUGCCCCCGAGGUUCUCCAUUGCCCCCUCCACAGCUACAGAUCCCAACCAGAGACGCCCACUGACUGCUAUCAACAACAAAGCAGGGACAGAGAAGGUGGAUGUGAAGGACGAGCCUGUGCAAAGGGAGCCUGAGCCAGCAACUUGCUACCUGAGAGACAUGCUGCAGCAGCUCAACAGCAUCAUUGCUGCUAAGCCUUCUGAGAAAGCAGUCAUCUGCCAAGGAGAAGCAGAGGAUCCUGCGUGUGUCCCCAUCUUCUGGAUCAGCAAAUGGGUCGACUACUCUGACAAAUAUGGAUUAGGCUACCAGCUCUGUGACAACAGCGUUGGCGUGCUGUUCAACGAUUACACACGGCUGAUCAUGUACGCCGACGGAGACAGUCUGCAGUACAUCGACAAGGCAGCAGCUGAAUCUUACCUCAACGUGCGCUCGUACCCCACUACGCUCUCCAAGAAGGUAACAUUGCUGAAAUAUUUCCGCAACUACAUGAGCGAGCACCUGCUGAAGGCCGGCGCCAACAUGGCUCGGCGGGACGGAGACGAGCUGGCUCGGCUGCCUUACCUCGCCCUGUGGUUCAGAACAAAGAGCGCCAUCGUCCUGCACCUCAGCAACGGCACCGUUCAGAUCAACUUCUUCCAGGACCACACCAAGCUGAUCAUGUGUCCGCUGAUGAACGCCGUGACCUACAUCGACGAGAAGCGGGAGUUCCGCACGUACAAGCUGUCUCUGCUGGAGGAGUUCGGCUGCAGUAAGGAGCUGGCCAGCCGCAUGCGCUACGCCAAGCUCAUGGUGGAGAAGCUGCUCGACAGCAAAUCUUCCACCGCCGCACAUUAGACCUCCUCAAUCACUAUCUAUCUUUAACCACCAGCCACUUCUUCCUGUCUGCCAGCCACUCUGAGGAUUAACUUAAAUUCUCCUGUAUUUUAUUGAAGGGUUGCAGUGUCAUCUUCGAGGCUGUACAUUGGAAAUGAAUCUAUUUGUUGUACAUGAUUGUUGGAUAUCAGUCUCUCAGCCACUGAUUAUUCUUUUUUUUUUUUUUUUUAAAUCUAUUUUCCUGCUGUUGAUAGAAACUCAUUAUCUUAAAGUUCUUGAUGAAGCUAAAUGUUGACAUAAUCUAGUUGACGCACAACGUUCACAUGAGACUAGGAGGAACAGAGAUGUUAAAGUGUUCAAAUUCAUGUUGAAAUUGAAACGUUCUCCCACAUUUUUCCUGUAUAUGUAUCAGUUGUGCUUUUAAACUUGAAGCUGAGUGGACUGAGACUCAGACUGGCUGUGUAGAUGGGAAAAAAGUUCCUUUGGUCUGCUUCUCUAGUUUUGUCUGUUUUAUCUGUGUUGUACGUAGAGAAAAGGACCAUGUUAAUACCUGCUCAUCAUGUACAUUCUUCCUAUAGUAACUUCUUACUUUUUUGUUUUAUUAAAUAUUUUAGAUAUUUGUCUUUUUAACAAGGUGUGCAGACUUGUACAUAAUGCUGAAUAUGCACACGUGUUGUAAAGGUGAUUUAACUUUUCACAAGUUUAAAUAAAGAUUCUCUUGAACUUGACAAAUAA